AAUUUACCGGAAGCAGUUUAAUCCGCUUGCCCUGAUGUGACGUAGUCAUUCUGCGACAUCUCACUGAACGAAGUAAUGCCGUUUGCAUGAAGUUAGCCAGCAAGCUAACUCGUUUUCUGCUCAAAAUAGAGCGUUUCAUCGUCUCAAACCUGUCCCGGCCCCAAAGAUGAUUGACACCGAGCGGGGAGCGGAUGACGCCGGCCCGGCAGAAACCAGCGGUAAGAACAAGGAGACGGAAAAGAAGAAGAGGUCCCGUGUCAAGCAGCUGCUGGGCGACGUCAAGAAGCAGGUGGAGUUCUGGUUCGGAGACGUCAACCUUCACAAGGACCGCUUUCUCAAAAAAGUCAUCGACGAGUCAGAGGACGGAUAUGUCGAUAUAUCGGUGUUGGCGAGCUUCAAUCGAAUGAAGAGGCUGACGAGUGACACCAAGCUGAUCGCCAGAGCGCUGAAAAGUUCAUCUGUAGUUGAGGUCAACCUCGAGGGAAAUAAAGUAAGGCGUCAGCUUCCGAUUGGAGAAGUCCCGAAGGACGUCGACAGCCGCACGGUCUACGUGGAACUUUUGCCCAAGGAUGUGACUCACGGCUGGAUAGAGAAAGUCUUCACGAAAUGCGGGAACGUGGUUUAUGUCAGCAUCCCGAGAUACAGGUCUACCGGCGACACCAAGGGGUUCGCCUUUGUGGAGUUUGAGACGGAGAAACAAGCCCAGAAAGCCAUAGAGAUGCUCAACAACCCCCCUGAAGAUGCUCCCAGGAAGCCGGGGGUUUUCCCCAAGACGAAAAGUAGGAAGCCCAUCCCUCUGCCAGCUGACAAUCCGCCAUCAGGUGAAGAAGAGGAGAAGAGAAAGCGAAAGAAGAAGAAAAAGAAAGAAGGCGCCCCAGCGCCGCCUCCUGCUGGAGAAGCCAAAGAGCAGGCGGUGGAGGCAGAGCCGUCGGCGCAGAAGGGGAAGCCCUCGGGGGUCGUCGGCGCACAGAAGACACCGGACAAACCUUCGGAAAAGAAGAGACGGCGGUCGCAGACGGCAGAGGGAUCUGAGGGGGAAGUACCCUCUAAGAUGAGGAAGACGAGUGAAAGUGAAGCUGGAGAGAAGAAAGAUGGGAUAAAGACUGAUCCACCAGCUAAAAGUGACCCAGACAGACGGGUUGAGGAAGGGAAAGAAAACCGAGAUGACUCAACGGUGAAAGCAAAGAGGAAGAGAAAGAAGAAACACAAGGAGAAACUGAAAAUCGGGGAAGAAGUCAUCCCACUCCGGGUUCUGUCAAAGAAAGAGUGGCUGGAGUUGAAGGAUGAGUAUCUGACCUUGCAGAAGUGCAGCAUGAAGACCCUGAAGAAGUGCAUCAACGAGAUCGAUCACAAGAAGCACAGGAGUCCAAUGGAGACAGACGAUGAGCCUCGAGACGGAAAUGUUGAGAAGAGUGACAAAGCGUCUAACCCAGGCCCUCAGUUCACCAGUGGGGUCAUCAUGAAGAUUACAGACAGCAAGCCGCUACCAGGGAGGAAGAUCCUGAAGGACGCUUUGUGCAAAAUCUCCCCGGUGGCGUACGUUGACACUUUGGACGGAGACGCCGAGGGUCACAUCCGCUUCCACACCCCGGAGGACGCUCGAGCCGUUAGCGACGCCAGAGCGGAGCUACAGAAGGAGCACAGCUGGAGGCUGGAGAUCCUCACAGGGGACCAUGAACAAAGGUACUGGCAGAAGAUCUUAGUGGACCGCCAAGUCAAGCUGAACCGUCCCAGGGAGAAGAAGCGGGGUACAGAGAAGCUCAUAUCCAAAGCUGAAAAAAUCAUCCUUGCCCGGGCCAAGGAGGCUCAUAAACACAUCCGGUUCCAAGAAGACUGACCGCUGCUGAAGCUCAUCAGUGUUUGACAACCGUACAUGUGUAACUAUGUGGACUUUACAUGAUGAAGAUGAUGAUGAUGAUGAUGAUGAUGAUGAAUGCAUACUUAACUGGAGGAGAACUGAAUGAAAACUCGGAACAAGUGUAAACUAUUUACCACGUCUUCUAAUUCUCUGUUUGCACUGUGGCGCCCGAGACAAUGUGGAGUGCCGCUACGCGUAUAGACCGUUUGGCAACAUCUUUUUAAUUGAUAACUUUUUUUUUUUUUUUUUUUAAAGCUCCUGUAUAUGAUGUAAAUAUGAUGAUCUGACAGUUCUCCCAGUUAAGAAGUGGACAAGUCACGGCAUUUCCCUUUUUAAGGAUAUUUGCCCCAUUUUUUUUUUUUUUUUUUUUAAUAAAAAUGUUUCAUUUGA